GGCCGCGCUGGGACCGCGGGGUUCCGCGGCUCUGCGGGCGUCGGGCCGGGCUGCGGGCAUGGCCCCGCGGGCGCUGGCGCUGCUGCUGGCGCUGCUGCUGGCGCGGGCGGCGGCGGAGCUGGCGGAGGAGCUGGUGCGGGAGCUGGGGGACGCCGAGGAGGAGGCAGCGGCCGUCGGGGCCGCCCCGCCGGGACCCGCCGCUUUCCACCGCGCCGCUAAGGCGGCUUGGCGGCUGCCCGGGCGGUACGUGGUGGUGCUGCGGGCCGGCAGCGGAGGGGCCGAUGUGCGGGGCACGGCGAGGAGGCUGCAGGCGCGGGCGGCUCGGCGAGGGUACCUGAGCGAGCUGCUGCACGUCUUCCACCUCCUGCCCGCCUUCCUGGUGAAGAUGAGCAGCGACGUGCUGGACAUGGCGCUGAAGCUGCCGCAUGUGGAGUACGUCGAGGAGGAUGCAUGCGUCUUUGCACAGAGCAUCCCCUGGAACCUGGGCAGGAUCGUGCCGCCGCAGCCCGGCUCGAGUGCCUACAGCCCUCCCAAUAAAGGUGACCUGGUGGAGAUUUACCUGCUGGACACCAGUGUGCAGAGCAGCCACCGGGAGAUCGAGGGCAGGGUGCUGGUGACUGACUUUGAGAACGUCCCCGAGGAGGAUGGCACCCGCUUCCAUCGGCAGGCCGGCAAGUGUGACAGCCACGGGACACACAUGGCCGGGGUACUGGGCGGGCGCGACGCCGGCGUGGCCACGGGUGCCAACAUCCGCAGCCUCCGUGUGCUGAACUGCCAGGGGAAGGGCACGGUCAGCGGGACCCUCAUCGGCCUGGAGUUCAUCAAGGCAGCGAUGGAGGCUCAGCCCUAUGCACCGCUGGUGGUGGUGCUGCCCUUCGCCGGUGCCUACAGCCGCGUGCUCAAUGCCGGCUGCCGGCGGAUGGCGCGGAUCGGGGUGGUGCUGAUUGCGGCUGCCGGUAACUACAAGGAUGAUGCCUGCCUGUACUCACCAGCAUCCGAGCCAGAGGUCAUCACGGUUGGUGCUACCAACAGCGAGGACCAACCCGCCUCCAUCGGCACCCUGGGCACCAACUUUGGCCGCUGCGUGGACCUCUUUGCACCAGGGGACGACAUCAUUGGUGCCUCCAGCGACUGCAGCACGUGCUUCACGGCGCAGAGUGGGACGUCACAGGCGGCUGCGCACGUGGCGGGCAUUGCUGCCAUGCUGCUCAGCGCCGAGCCCCAGCUGAGCCUCGCCGAGCUCCGGCAGCGCCUCCUGCACUUCGCCACCAAGAACGUCAUGGAUGUGGCCUGGUUCCCUGAGGAGCAGCAGCUCCAGACACCCAACAGCGUGGCUGGGCUGCCCACCCGUCUGGGUGCAGGGGAGCAGCUGUACUGCCGCUCGGUGUGGUCAGCGCGCUCGGGGCUCACCCGGCACGCCACGGCCGUGGCUCGCUGCACCGGCACCGAGGAGAUGCUCAGCUGCUCCAGCUUCUCCCGCAGCGGCAGGAGGCUGGGCGAGCACAUGGAGGAGAAGGACAGGCAGAAGCAGUGCGUGGCACACAAUGCUUUCCGGGGCCAGGGUGUCUAUGCCAUCGCCCGGUGCUGCACAUGGCCUAGGGACAAGUGCCAAAUCAACGCCAGCUCCAGGGUGGCUGAAGGGGCCGGCUGCUCCCCGAGGGACCACGUGCUGACCGGGUGCAGUUUCCACUCACCCAUUGCAGCACUGGGUGACAGUGGCAGACCCGUUGCAGGGCUGGAGAGGGAGCCCAGGCACUGCACCAGCAGGACGGAGGUGAUGGCGCAUGCCUUGUGCUGCCCUGCUGCCAGCCUUGAGUGCCGGGUGAAGGAGCACACAUCCCUGGAUGCUGUGGAGAAGGUGACUGUGUCCUGCGAUGCCGGCUGGACGCUGACGGGCUGCAAUGCCCAUUCCCAGAGCCCGGGCACCAUGGGAGCCUACGGCGUGGAUGAUGCCUGCGUGGCAGCCGGUGUCCCUGGCACCAGCACCGCUGUGGUCAUUGCCAUUUGCUGCCGCAGCCGGCAGUAGGGAUGGGCUGAGCUGGAGACACGUGCCCAGCAGGGCAGGGCUGGACCAUCAGUGCCCAUCUCAGAGCCUCCCCAAGGCUGAGCUGCUGGCAACCUCCGGGCUUGGGCUGCUGUGAUGGUGGGGUACAAGCUCAUCACCCUCUUGCAUAGCAGGGCUGAGGCCCAGGCUGGCUUUGUAAGAGGUCUCCAAGCAGCCCCUUCGCAGGCCUGCUGCAUCCCAGGAGUGAUCCCAGCAUCCUUCCCAGGUCUAUGAACACCCCAACUGUAUGAGCCAUCUCAAAGCUGUUUGCAUUAUCACCCAGCAUGACAAACCCCUCUAGCUUUAAAACAGCAAUCCCGUGGUGAGGACUGCUCCUUUCUUUCCUCCUUAGUUGCUCAUUACAUGUCAGUCAAUGCCGCUUUGCACCUGGACAAUCAUAGUUUAGCUAUUUUGGGACAGUUUUGUAAUUGCUCACCCAUCUACCUAGGAGAAUCGAUUGCUUUUUAGUCAAGUGUAAGGGCUCUAGUUCAACCAGCCUGCUUGUUUGAUUAGAUUUUAAUCUGCAUUGCUACAGUCAGCUACUGCUUUGGUAGUGGGGUUUUUUGUUCUUAAGGCAAUGAUCUGUUGGUGUUCUGCUUUGCUUCCACAGUUUCCCUUUCAGGUCUUCCCGAGACACCCAGAAGCGGCUGUAAUUCCUUUAAAAGACAAGCAAGAACAAAAAGCUCCCGUUGUAGCGUGGUUUUUACGUUUGUACCUUCAAUAUUUAUUUGGAAUUUUAUAAAUAAACAUUUUAUAAACGUCUUUUUAAAAUAAAACUCACAGACCAGUGCUCAGUA